UGGCGGACUCUGACUCUGAUGCCGAAUUUGAUGUCAAUAAUGAGACGCACAUUGAUCCCUGCAGUCUCAGCCUCACACCGAUUGACUGGUUAUCCAACCUGAAGCCAUUUCCUGGAGGGGGGAUGGCAGGGCCUCCUGGCCUCAAACCCGGCCAGAACGGCGUCGGGAAUGGUGUCAAAGGACAGCUGGGAAUGGCGCAACGCAAACCUCCGAACUCUCCUCUCGACACGAAUGCCACUUUCGAUCAGCGUGAAGUUGAUCACCACACAACACGGGAUGGAAAACCUCCCUACAGCUACGCAAACCUCAUCACAUUCGCUAUAAACAGUUCGAUCAAGAAGAAAAUGACCCUAAGUGAGAUAUAUCAAUGGAUCUGUGACAAUUUUCCUUACUACAGAGAGGCAGGCAAUGGCUGGAAGAAUUCAAUACGACAUAACUUGUCACUCAACAAAUGUUUUCUAAAAGUGCCGCGUUCAAAAGAUGACCCAGGAAAGGGGUCAUAUUGGGCGAUCGAUACGAAUCCACCUGAAGAUCCACUGCCACGGAAUAAAAAACGACGUUUAAGUGAACGGUCGUCGCCAUACAGCCCCGAACCUGCCUACCACAGCAUGGCCAACGGAUCGUGUCACACGAGCGAGUCGCCUAUGUUAAACUCACCUAAUGUUCAAACAAGCCAGCAUGUGCAAUCUGGGCAGCCUCAACCACCGUUCAUAGACAGUGACUUCCAACAAGACCUGAGUUCAUCGUUCAGAAGUCUCUACCGGUCCAUGUUUGAAAAUUCACAAAGUGGAUCAAUGAACUCGCAGAAUCCCGUCAACUUUGAUGCAUUAAAGGAGAGCCUUCGGCUUGUCAGCAGCGGACACUUCGACUUCGGUCAGACGGAUAUGCACCAAUUUCAAAGUCUGUUUGAAAGCAUGCGUCAGGGUGACAUGAACAACUGGAACAACAUGAACCAGGACCAGCUACUCGAGCUCACGUUUUCUCUCAACUCGUUUAUGAACCAUGCAGGGAUCCUUCAACACAGUCAGAAUAGCUUACAUAAUUCGCAGGGUCCUUAUAUCAACAGCCACAAUGGUAGUAAUGCAAGUUCGUUAGGUUACGCUCUCAGCCCACACAUGCCCAUGAUGCCAAACUCGAGCUCAUCAAGCGGCCAUUUACAAGUGUUGAAUCAAAAUUCACAAUCUCUCAGUCCUCAGAUCAGUCCAAGACAGCAGGUGCAGGUAGGACAUGGAGGCUACAACACGCACAGCUCGAGUGGGAACAUGGUAGGCCUACCCCACACACCCUCGUCCUGUUACAGCCACCACACAACAACCGCCGAAGAGUUUGAAGAGGACUUCACCGAUUGGGACAAACUGCUGUGAAUGCGUUUAUUCUAGCGCCACCUUUUGGCGGUGGUUGGUAUCUCUCAUAUGUAGCGGGUUAGUGAUGAAUCGUCAGCCGGGGCCCCCGCAUUGGCCUCAAGGUGGCGUAGCAAGUAGUCAGUGGAAUUGAAGUGUGGCAGCAUUGGAACCUAGGAAAUCCAAACAAUGUUAUGAAAUUGAAAAUCCAUGGAAGUAUUUGAGUCCAAACAGAUGGUUUUGUUCUCAUAUCUGGUGGAGUUUGAGUCCAUGUUGAUUCCGAUUUCAACCUAUUUUUAGAUAUUUUGGAAAUAUUCCUUGGAAUUAUUCAAUAUUUUGGUGUGAUUAGCUUGGAAGUUUUAAAAAGAGGCUUGUCAACUUGAGGCCAUUGCCUUCUCUCUCUUUUCAGUGCCAUAAUAUUGUGUGUGGUUAUUUUAGCCACCACUAGGUGGAGUUUCGUCGUAAUCUGUGCAGAGAAGCAUUUGUGAUUGAAUUAUCCCGAAUUGUAACUUAUUUGUGUUCAAUGAAUGAUAUGUUUAUGCAAGGGUCGCCGGUAAAAAAAUAGCAACUUUUAUGGUUUACAAGGAAUUUAUGUGGAAUGAUGGUAACGACCAUUACAACAUAAAAUGCAUGUUUGUUCUUGCCUCAGCAAUGUUUCAACGCACAUGCCUAGAUCAGGUGUUGACUUAUGCAAAUUAGGCAGUGGGAGGAGCUAAGAGGUCAUGUGAUCCAUGAUUGACAGGUUGGGGUCUUGGCUGAUGGUGUUUUCCUGUACAUAAGUAGCUGUAUUGGAGCCCUGAUAAAAACGUCGGGAUUUUCACUGUGUGAAAUAAAGUGUGCUGCCGUCUAGUGGGAAUAUUGCAAGAUUCUUUUCGCCACGAUAUGUUUGGAUCAGGCUGAUCGAGCGAUUCUGAUCGUUAUUUUUUCAUUGGAAAAUUUUCUGGAAAGAAUCAAUUGCUUGUCAUUGUUAGGGUUUAUCAAUGCGGUUUCUCAUCGGUGACAGUUAUGGCUGAGAAGGUCACUUUGAGGGCCGUACUGGUUGUAAUGAUUCCUUGGAUCUGAUCAACUGGCUUGUUUGUGAUCCAACGACGUGGGAAUUCUGCCUAUGAUACGUCAGUCCAGACAUGUCGUCGGUCGUAUCAUGAAUCUUGCAAUUACUCCCGCGCUGUAAAUAAGAAUAUAUGUGAAUAUAAUGUUGUUAUAAUAUAUCAAGCGAGUCAUUCUUACAGGUGUUUACCUAUCAUACGUCCAAAAGUUGUGAUAAGGUCACAUGGUUUCGUAGACACAAUGCUGUUUCUAUACAUCUAAUGCCCAAGUUGCGUCCAUGACAUGUCGGUGAAGAGUUUCAUUGGACUCGUCGCCCCUAUAUUCAAAAUAGACCGACUCAUCUGCAAUUGAUCCUACACUGUCCAUUUUAGGUUUCAGGGGUGUAAGGUAAGGUAUGGUUCGACAUAAUCUGUUACCCCUAAGUUCAAAAUGGGCCAACAGUCCUCUGCUAGAAUUGCUGUUGGUUAAGCUUUGUCCAUUUGGUUUUGGGGGUGUAAGGUAUGGUUCUCAUUUGACCUUCCGUCCCUCAACCUUAGAUGGACUGACGGUCCCCUGUCAAUUUAGCAGCAUCCAUUUUGGUUUUGGGGGGGUAAGGGGGGGGGGGGGGGGGUUCUACUAAACUUCAGAUGGACUGACAAUUGUCUGGUCAACUACUAAAGUGUCCAUUUUGGUUUUAGGGGUGUCCGAUCAUUUUUUUGUAAAAAUGGUAAAUUUGUUGACUCUAAUUAUCUAUUUAUGCCGUUUAUUUAUUUAUUUAUCUAAUGAUUUUAAAAUCAGGUUAUUUCCAUGCUGUUCGCUAGUUUUUUGGUGUUUUUGAGUUUUGGGAGAUCGUGAUAAUUUAAGGAGAGCUAAUGUUAGCAGGCAUCACCAUAUGGUGGCUAUUAUUGCUAUCUACAUCAGGACCUUAUCCAAGUGUUUUUUGGCGAUAAUACGUAGGAUGUCCCCUCGAUGAUGUGUCGUCUGCCAUCAGAAACCCCACCUAGCUAUGGAAGUUCAAAUUAUGACUUGAAUCAGAUGUGCUGCUCUGAAGAAUGCUUUUGACAUUGUGAAUCCAACUCUGGGCUGGUGAAAGUCCAUCUCACCAGAAAAGGCACUCAUAGUUUUGGUGAUUUCAUACAGAAAAUGCAAAAGCCUUAUUGUGUGUUGUGAAAUGGUGAGAUGCGACACCUGCAAGUAUGUCUGAAAAUCAGUUUUCUUGAAAUCUUUUACUUCACAUUCCAAACGUGUUUCUGCUAUACAUGUAUAUCAGCAUUCCAGUCAUUAACUUGCCCACCCCCUAAGAUCAAGAAUGAGAUCACCCUUGCAUUAUAAAGUCCCUCCGGUUCCAUUCACAUGUAGGUGUCAGAGGUUGUCAGAGAGAUUCGCCCCGGGUCGCUUCAUAAUUUUAUCAUUGCAGCAAUUUUUCUCGUCGUUCCGUCCUCAGAACUUUGCAAAAUGUAAAAUAUCAUUUUAAGGUUGCACAUACAUUUUGCAUGGUCAUCUUUUAAAAAUAGCGUAUGUAUUUUUUUGGUGGUCAAUUUUUCUAACAACUGCUUGUUGUGACCGGAAGUCCCAAGAGUUAUAUCCGCUUUAUGACAAGUCCUUCUUUAUUAUUAUAUACUAGGUGACUGACACCAGUGGUAAUCAGGGUCUUCAACCCUUUCAACCCUGACCUGAGCCGUUCUGUGGUUCCUGAUUCAAGUUUUAGUUCAAGCAGUAAACAGAGAUACCCUACCCCUCGUGACAUUGUUUUAGACUGCGCUAUGGAUGCUCCUGGGAAACGGUGCAACGACCUGCCAAAUUAGUCAAAUCAAUAGAACCAUUGCGCCCGCAAACAAGUGAUUAAAAUUUCUGCAGCAACUAUUGCAUGGGACAAAAACUGCUUGUUUGCAAUGGUCAUUGCAGGUGCCUGCUAUCAGGAUGGUUUUACCCACUGACGAGAGAUUAGGGUCGCAAUUAGCAGCAAGUCUAAUCAUAGGUCGCAUCAAGGGGUUAAAAUGGUGGCGAUUCCCAACUUCCAAUUUUAGGGCUAUAUUCGAAUUGAUUAUACUUCUUCUCAUAAUGGGUCAGUCGUAGGGCUGUGUUUUACGUUAUUCAUCACAAGGUUAUGUUCAUGAAUUCUUCACUGGAGCUGAGGUUGGGCUGUGUGUUACGUUAUUCAUCACAAGGUUAUGUUCAUGAAUUCUUCACUGGAGCUGAGGUUGGGCUGUGUGUUACGUUAUUCAUCACAAGGUUAUGUUCGUGAAUUCUUCAUUGGAGCUGAGGUUUUUGGUUAUCGUUGAAUGUUUACUUCAUAAACUCGUGAUUUCUUGCAAUUGACUUGAUGAGCUUUGUGUCGAAUGUGCCGUUUACUUCGCUGCUCUUUUAGAAACUUUCCUCUCAACGAGAUCUCGGGCACCUGAAGCAUCGAAUUCUGUCAUUAUUUCCUCCGGAAUCAUUUCCAUGUCGUAAGAUUCAUAUGAAGUCUCAUGUUAUUCCAAUACCCAAUGCUGCGCACUGACCCUCUCCGCACUCAAAAUGGACUUUACCAUUCCACACGUUUCUCUAUUGAUUGGAUCGAUCUAUUUGGCUGCUUUGGGGGUAGGCUUAUAACGUGUAUGUCAACUUGAUAUUUAUUUAUUUGAAAACUUGCUCUUCGUUCCUAUAGGGUCUAGUGGCUCCAUCUUUUGCUGGCUGGCGGUAAUGUUGAGAUUGCGUUACUUGAUAUGCUGUUAUAACAAUGUUACACGUUUCCAUGGCAGUCCUACAGGCCUAGCACCGUCAUGAAAAGUCUAUCGGCGCUGAUGAGUGCACCGAGGACCAAAACAUUGCUGUGAAUGACUUCUCCUGCCAACCCCUUGAAGGCCAACCACACAAUCGGCCAGCAAAAGUGGCCACAAUAUUUUUACUAACCUGUCCGGUGUUAUUUCUACCGGUCUUGAGAUAUGUUAUUUAUUGGUAAUAUAAUAUGCUGCUAUUGAAAUCAUCCGUAACGUGUUUGGCCCCCCCGAUCUAAUAUUGCUUGGUUGUUUUCAUUGACUGUACGUACCAUGAGACUCGGCAUGUUUUACACUGUUUUUUAGCUUGGCCGGCCAGAUUUUUUCAAAAAGGUGUUUUCAUAUCAUGGAUGCUGCAUAUUCACUUAUUUUAUGCUUUACCUGUCCUUUUUUACCCCUUGUUGAAAUAUGCGUCAGAAUAAAACUUGAUGUUAGUAGUAUGAUAUCAGCUAUGGUAGAAGUGAUCAUGGACUUCCAACUUAACCAGGUCUAUCCUGGAACUAGUAAACGAGAGAUGAGCUGCUCAAUACGUAUCCAUACCCCUGGGUGAGUAAGGCAAGUCAGGCAAACAUACCGGCCAGAUUCUCACGCUGGCAACGUCUUGAUCCAUAGCUAAGAGUCUGAGCCACUUGUCCCCCACAGCUCCUUAAACCUAUGCAACCACAGGCAAUAUUCACCAAAUAUACUUCAUUGAUGUCUCAUAAUGCAGUUUUGUGACUAUUAUCAUUUUAUGCUUCUAUUUUUACGAAGCAAUCCAACUGAUUUCAAGUUUGCACUGGAUUAAUGAAUCAGGUUAGUCCAUUCUGGAUUUCAUAACAUUGAGAACACUGUAAACACUUGCUUACUCUUUAUCAUGGGAUUUUACGAUCGGUUUCCAAAAAAACAUUCCUGUUGACCAAGAUGACGGUAUUGCUGUUGUCUGAUUUCGUGAUUUGCAAAGUGUCGUCGUGUCGUUCACAGUUUGGUGUAUUAUGUAAUCUUGGGUAGUGUUGACUUCUGAAUCGGGCAAAAUAUUGGACGAAAGUGAAAAAAACAUUGUAAGUUCUGCGACGUUACGACGUAGGUAAAAUAUCUCGUAUGACACGCACACCAAGACAUUUCUGUGGUAUCAAGACUUGUGAUCACCUAUUUCAUUCUGGAAAGCUGUAAGGAUUAAAUACAAAAUUACUACUAAUUAGUGCUAAUUUCUUCUAUUUAAUUAGCAGUUUUGUGUUAAUUAACCCUGCUGCUCUCCGAUCUUUCGCCGAAGCCUCGUUGCCCAUUAAUGUUAUUUUUGUUUACUUCCAUAUAAAAAUCGUCAUUUUUGCACUUAACAUUUGUAAAAAUUUAUCAAGAGUUGAACCGGCUGAGUUUUAUAGAUUUUGUUAUUUGUGGGGAAACUGCCAUCAGCUUCGCUCAACGCAGGAAAUUUAUUCAGAAGGAAACUAAAGACCUAAGGACGAGGUUCACGGCGAGAUGUAAAACAGCUCGGGCCUCUCAAUGGUGGGUCAACUAUUGUCCAGAAUCUCAACACGUUGAAUUGGGUCAAGUAAUUUACCCUCAUACUUCCUGAGGGAAAGGUACACAAGGUGACUUUCAUGCAAAACAUGGGCCACUGUUUGAACCAAGGAUUUGUAUUUUACCAUGUUUAGUAAACUGUAUCUGAAUGUGACCGUGUCCACUCCAAAAAUAUGCUAACUGCGUAGCAGGUUUCAGGUUUGAGAGUUGAGCUUAUUUAGAAAGUGUAGAAUACAUGGGUAUUUGGUAGGUGACUGUGCCUUAUUGUGGUUGAUCGUGGUCAGCUGAUCAGAUACCCAGUGAUCUGGUUGUGGUUGAUCGUGGUCAGCUGAUCAGAUACCCAGUGAUCUGGGACACGUUUUUCCUUUUUGAUAGCUCGUUGUGUAUCGGGAGAUUUUAUCGAUUGUUUUAUUUUCCGGCCGAGAAGUGUUGACGAAGUGUUGAACAAACUGGGCUGGCCCAAAAAUAGCCAUUGAAAUGGUAUUUUGUUUUAUAUUCUGUUUGCGUGUUAACGUUUCUAGUUUUCUUUGUCUCAUCGGGUCUUGGAUGUUCUACCUAUGACAUUAUAGAUCUUGAGUUAACCCUCUGUUGUGCUGACAUUGUGCGUGUAUUUAAUCCUACUUAUAACCCUCUUAGAUAGUUUGACGCAGCCACUCGGCUAUAAACAAUGUACGUCACACCUCAGUGUUGCAAGCCUCAACUACUGACACCAUUUGUUUUGUGGCUUACAUAAGAAGAGCUAAUUCAUCAGAUAAAGAGUGAUUGGUGCAUGUAAGCCAAGGUUUGAUGACUUACUGGCCACUUAUUUUGAGGUUUGGUGUAGGAAUUUACGACUGGUGCCACCUGUGAAGACAUUUCCAGUGGGCCUCUAUGUAACAAGUUGGCUGACUGACUGACCGUUAACGGUUGUGGUUGCAAACCAAACAGAUACUUUCUUUCAGAGGUCAUGUUUUAGACCAAUCAGUUCUCAUUGUCCAGCCUCGAUUCAGAAUAUCUUGUAUUGAUACAAAUACUUCAGAUAUCCAUAACAUUAUUUGCGGUUUGUCAAAAAAAAUUACAAGUUUUUGAUGUUUUUUUUGUGUAUACAUAAAUAUUGUCUUUCCGCCCACUUUCUCAACAAUUUGAUAUAUCGUACUCAAAGUAUAUUUUUGUGAUAGAUGUGCGUUCAGUAAUUCCGUCCUCACUUUAUAGGAUGGGGAAGAUUUGGCCGUGCAGGUUUUUUUUAAAUGUGUCCAAAAGAUUUAGAAUUUCAAAUGCAGGGAAAACAUCUGGUAUCAAGAAUGCUAGAGAUAAUCAGUACCAGCAGCAGUAUAUUAGUCGAAGUGCUCAUCUGCCGUUACCUGUUUGAGCCCCAUGCAUUCUCACAAGAACCAAGCAUAUUGCCAGGUACAUGAAUCUACCAGUAGGCCCGCCACUGAUGAAAACCAAGUUGUUAGCUGUGCAUGAACUUUAUAGACAGCAUGGCUGAUCACGUAGACAGUGCUUCUCAAAUUAGUCCUGCAGAUAUAGUGAGAGAAUACUGCCCCUCAUAUACUGCUGGUAUCGGUAUAAGAUACUUGAGUUGUGAAUAUCACCUGUCCCAAAUCUUGUCCAUUCUAUUUCACCAGUCACAUAUUAAGCCUGUUGAAUGGCUGUAUACAAUGACCUCACUGCCCAUUGGCAAUUAUUACCUGGAGUUUGCAUGCGUAUUUGUACAUGUAAGAGUAGAUUCAAUUUUCUAUGGUGUGCAUACAUAUAAGGUCUGUUGGAAAUCGUUUUAAUGGUAUUUGUACCCAUUGUCUAUUUCACCUAUUAUAUAACAUGAUACAAAUUUUAUUACCAAGGAAUAUCUUGUAUGUGUAGAAUAUUUCAGCACUAAAUAUUGAUUAGGAUUUUUCUGUUGACUUGCACUAUUUUGUUCAUGUACACUGGAGGUGUUUAUGCACUGCUGCCACCUUCUGGAUAAAAAAUGAAUGAUUCAAAAUCCUCCAUUUUGUCAAGUUUAAUCCGUGUCAUGAGAGAAUAUUGAUAGUGUGUCAGAUACAGGGUAUAAAUCGUGGAUCUGUAACUUGCUUCUCCUCCUUAUCUCUUCCGUUACCUUUUAUUGACAUCCCUUAUCGAUUGCCCUCAUAAAAUUACCGAACCAGGAACCUUAAAUGUAUUAUUUCCUGCAAGAUGGUCAGAGAAACUUUGUUUUCAAACUCCUCAAGAAUGGCCAACCUUGUCUUCAUGAUUAUCUCCAUGCUAGCCAUUCCUUCAUCAUAUCCUAUCCCAUUAUUUUUGACAUGCUAAUAGAGUGUUUUCACGGCCAGCCACUUUGGAGGGUAGAACAAUGAUUCGUCAUGCCUGACUUAAUUGAAUCAACUCUUAAGCAUUAACCAUUGAAUUAAUGCAGUUUGCCCUCCACCAAUUGAAAACAAGCAAAUUCGUGCCGGGAAUAUUUCGCGGUUUGGUUUGCAGUAUUUAGUUUAGAUUUCGACCAAAAUGAUCAUCAAACUGUGCUAGACAGCAUUAUUGCAGCAUGGCAAUGAAGACUAUUUCUGUUUCUCACCAAUAGGUGGAGCUGUGCUUGUAAAAAGAAUCUUACGCUUUAGUGCCGUCCAUUUAUAUGUGCUUUGAUAUGAUUGGUUCGUGUGUUAACGCUAACGUCAUUUCAUCCAGGCUAACGUUUCAUUACGCUAACAUCAUUCCUAACGCUUUACUGUAAAAUUGUCACUAUUUUGAAAAUACAUAUUAACAUGAUAUAAUAGAGUAACUACAACUCGGUACUAUACCAAUUUGAUGGAUAGUUUGUAAAAAAUACAUAUUUGCCCAACCACCUUGUUCCCUUGGUUAUUAUGCUACCUUGCUAACUGUGGACGAGGUUUCUAAAGCACCUACCCCCCUAAUGACACGUAGUUGGAUUAAUCCAGUUAUGCUAUCUAUUGAUAUGGACUGUUCUAUUAUAGAUGAUAGGGUAGUACCUUGUUCCUAUUGUAUUUAUGGAGAGGUUGACUACAGGACCCCUGAGGUCUAUAUCAUCAUUUGGAAUCGUCAAGUCCUCUUCUGACACAGCACAUGCGGAAUAACUUGUGAAUAAAUGGUCAAAUCAUUUGUUUAGAGUCUCCGAAAUGUUUGCGUAUGCCGUCCAAACUGUUCUUAUUGAAAGAUGUAAGAGUCAAUUAUUAUUCAUUCUGUCCUGUUUAGUGAGACAUUGCUGAGGCUAAGGGCCUAAACUGGUAUUUUGGGCGUCAGUUUUCUCUUAGUGAUUUGGUACUGAUUUUGCACAUUAUUGUGAUUAUUGUAAAUAUUGUUUUAGUUUUCGCACAGGGUGUGUCAGAAAUGUGCCACAUCAUGCUUCUUUGAUUGGUGACUAACACGUUGUAACAGGUCAAGAAACUGGCCGGUUUUCCGUCCCUUCUCAAAAUUUGGUUGUGACGCAUUAUCACUAUUUCUGAUACACCCUGUAUCACCUUGUCACGUAGCAGGAUCUAUUUGCAUUUUUUGAAUUUUGCUUCACAUUUAAAAAUAGAUUUUAUAUCAUUUAUUGAUUACAUCCUUUCCAUCAUUGGAGUUAAAGGAGGGUAGCGGGAGAUAACGCUAAGCUGGUAGUCGACUUUACCAAGUUCCUGUAGAGGGCUGUUCGUAGAUGCAUCCAGGAAUAUACACAAACAUUCUAAGUACAUGUUAUUGCUAGUUCAUCUGCAAUGCCCUCUAUACAGACACUCAGUAACUAGUUCGGCCCAGGUUUAUCUCGAGCCCCUCAUCCUUUAAAUGUUCUGUGCUUUGAUAAACUGUGCACAGCUCUUUCAGCUGAAAUCCUCUGACUGUCAUUAUCUUAUUUGAAUAUAUCAAAGUCAUCAGUAUGAUUGUGUUUUUAUAUCCAAAUUGUGUUAAGUAGUUCAUAAUAAUCAUAUGAAUGGAAGUUCUGGGUGUUGUGUUUUAGUUUAGCGACCGCAAACAGGGGAUUGUUAAUCGCUGCCACCGGCAUCUUUUAUCACCACAACGAGUGAUAUAUCAGUAUGAUGAGCUAAGAACCGAUCACAGGUCGCCGCAUCAAGAAUCGUUAGUUUGCGGGGCAUUUCAACUCCUUGAUCUGCAGCAGAUGAUGAUAACAACGAUAUUCAGGGGAAAUGACGAAAUUGUCCAGUUUCUGUUAUAAGAUGUCAUUUUUGUCAAUUUUUGAGUGUAACCCUGAUUCUGUUGUGUUUCAUGUGUCAUCACUCUCUGUUACACCUGUACAUUGUAUUAUUGUCGCUAUGACGAUGGCCUGCCGUCAACCUGGGCCUCAUCCUGGUUGUCUACAUGACUCCCUUAGCUGUAAAUUAGUACAGUGGAACCCCGGUCGGCGACCACCUCAGUAACGCGACCACCCCGCGAACACGACCAAAAUUCUCCGGUCCCGAAUGGUUUUCUCUCUAAUUCCCAUUAACUGGCCCUCGCUAACACGACCACCCCGGUACCCAGAGCGCGACCACCAGCUUGGUCGGUCCCAAACUGCAAAUUAACCCCGCUAACGCGACCAUGAGGCCUAAUUGCCGUAAUCAACCAUGACUGCAUGGUAUCAAUUGGCACCUUCUCGCAAAUCCGUGUUGAUAAUUAGCACCUCGAACACAAUGACCAUGGGAAUCCAUAUGAAAAUAAAUGAUGUGUAAGUGAGUUUGAUCUUGGAGGAACUAUACUUCAAGUAUAAUUCCUCCAAGGUUUGAUCAAAUGUAAGCGCAAAUAAAAUGAAGAAUAAACUUUCUUUUCGACUCACGGUUUGUUUUUUCAUCAUUUAGUAUUAAAUGACGUCAAGAGGCAUGCACACGUAGUUUUUAGGACAAAUAAAUUAUGUUGAUUAGUAAGAGUACCGAUACUCAAAGUAAAGAAUGCUUACUACGUCGUAAUGUUGAUAAAAUACGUUAUUAAAAAGAUGAUUUAAUCAGUACCAGUUCAAAUUGGCUAAUGUUAAAGCAGGAAGACAUCAGGAAGAAUUCUCAACAUCUUCUCACAUCACCUCUCUCAAUGUUAGCGGGAAUAUUAGCUUGACAUCAAGAAGGGCAGCUGCCGAUGGUGUGAAUUACAUGCUUGUUCUAAUUAGCAUGGUCAAGUUUUAAUGUAAUGUUUGGUCUAAUUAGCUCUCGUCAGUUUAUUUACUCAUUUACAUAAGUUACAAAUUAAACGCAAAACACUCAAGAAAAUGAUUUUUUAUUCGUAAUAUACACACAAAAUUAUCGAAUCACCCGGUGGCGUAGUCAUUAAUGCAUGUCAAUGUACACACAGCAGGACGAUGUUUUGGCGGGAAAACCUACUUAUGAUUCUUAAAUUCACUAACGCGACCACCCCGGUAACACGACCACUUCGGCUUAGUCCCUUGGGUGGUCGUGUUACCGGGGUUCCACUGUAUUGUUUUUGCUACACUUUAGUUUACUCCAGAUUUCAUAUUGAUCAGUGAAACAUAAUGCCACAUCUUAGGAGAGUAUAAGAGGAUGUUGAAUGUGUUUAUAACAGUCUAUUCCUGAGCGUUAAGCCCAAAUACAAAUCAUGAAUAAAAUUUGAAAAUUCUAUAAAAUAUGAAAAUAAAUACAAACUUGUAGAAAUAUCAAAUGUCAUCUUCUAGUGGGAUUUUAAAGUCUUCAUAACAGAAAAAUUCAUUUUGAAAGAAGUUUUGUGAGGAGCUGACAAACUCGAUCUGCUUUUUUGUGUUUCGAGAGAACUGUAGUUUUUCCCUGACAAAGUUGUGGUUGAAUAUUUGUCUUGCAGCCUGCUCUAGUUUGUCUUGAGAGUUAUUCUCAUGUAUCUUGCUAAUAAUCAUGUGCUUGUUCCUUAUUUAUGAGCCGCUGAAUUGAACAAAUUUGCAGACACGAAUUAGUUGGUGGACAUUAAUUAUCAUUUAUGAGCAUUCUCCUUAAAAAAGAACCUCAUUGGCGUACGGGCCUGCUGAUGAAAUGUAGUCUAUAUUAUUCAAGGUGAAUGGUCACGACUCUGACGUGCUACCAUUGUUGUGUUAAGUCGGAUCAUGACAGACAUUGUGCUAAUUAGGAACGGAAUUCAGAAAAAUAUUUGUAUCUGAGAAUCAAUCACACUAUUAAUCUUGUAGAGUGUGAUAGAAAAUCAUGGAAGGUGACCUCGCCGAAUCAGUGAUUUAUGAUAGUUGCAUCGAAAGAUUCCAUUUCCCACAAUUUUGUGAUCAAGAUCAGGUUGAGGCUGUUACAUGUUGUAGAAACUUUUGUUGUAAUGAUAACUGCGAGACAGAUUUUUGAAAAUUUCUUUAUUCUAUGAUUUAAGCUCAGCCAGCUUCCAAGGUUAAGGAAAGGAUUGAAGCCAUAUUUGAGACAUUCUGUGUUGUUACUAAAACAUACGACUGUCUUCAGUCUCAAGCUGCUUUGUAGUUAGGACGAUAUGAGGAAGCAUCCAGUCUGGAGUGUCAAAUAACUGGCCUGGAGAUUUUGUAUGACUAUCUAGCCUCACGCAGCAAACGUCUACUUGUAAUCUGCAAAACUGAAGUUGGAAUCUAUUUGAGUUUGCUUUGACUCAACUUAAGUUGGAUUCUAUUUAAGUUUGCUUUGACUCAACUUAAGUUGGAUUCUAUUUAAGUUUGCUUUGACUCAACUUAAGUUGGAUUCUAUUUAAGUUUGCUUUGACUCAACUUAAGUUGGAUUCUAUUUAAGUUUGCUUUGACUCAACUUAAGUUGGAUUCUACUUAAUUUAGAAUUUUCUAAACUUAAGCUAUAUUUAUCUUAAUUUAGUUUGGAUAUGCUGCAGAACAGGGGAGAUUUACUCUCAUUUGUGUCUUUUACAUAAGAUUGAUGAGUAGAAUGGUCAAAGCUCACUAAUAUGGAUCAAUUUAGACUGAAAAAGGUUUUCUGUGAUAUUUUUGACUUUUUGGCUUCAUACACAAGAGGUUGCAAUCCUUAAGAUAUCUAAGUGGGCGCAUUGCGACUAUGAAGUAGGCUAGAAUGCCAAGAGGAGGCAAAACACUUUGUGGGAAGGGGCCCAGUCGGAAUAGAAUGCAAGAUUUACAUUAUACGCCAGUGAGGGCAGCAACUUCUAUAUACUGUUUAACAUAAUUCAAUCCGGUAAAAUGAUAAUGUUAACAAGAUGUUGUUUUUGGUUUGUCAGUUUUUAUCGAUGAGUUGUACUUGGCGAAACGAAUCAUGACUAUAUUAUAGCUAAUACCAUGUAUUUGUUUGUAAAAUUGUAGUGGGUUAAUUUCGGCAGUAAAUAUGAACUUAUUGAGUCACGUUAUCUGUUGUGUGAUUGUCUGCAAGGAAUCAUGUUAGGAAAGAUAGGCCAAGUAUUCUUGGCACGUAGGCCAAGUAUUCUUGGCACGUUUCCUAUCGAAUUCUUCUCUGGAGAUGAAACGUGUAAAUGUUGUAAUUCAGUUCUGCGAAACGGACAUCAUGAAGAUCUUUCUAUUGUUGUAUAAAACAGUUGGGAAUUCACAGUUGAGUUGCCAAAACUUGCCAUUCUGGAAGCCUGAUGUAAAUUAUUUUUGACUGUAUUUUCGGGGGGGGGGGGGGGGGGCAUGAAUUUAACCUAACAUUCGAAGCAGUCUGGUUGAUUUGGGUUCAGUAAAAUACCAAAUUUUGCAAUUUUUAUUUUCGCAAAUUGCGUAUCUUUGCAAAAUCCGCAAAAGUUAAAUGCCCAUGAAUAUUUUGCAGUUGUCAGUAUGGAGCUCUCCCAUAAUAACUAGAGAAAAAAGGCGAUGUUUUUGUUUUAAUCAUGAAAAGUAAGAUGGUUUUGUCUGAUAGAGUUACAGGCCAAGUGUAUUUGCUUCCCACUGAUAGUGUUCAGCAUUUAUAUGCCUUGCUGUGUACCUUCAUGCCGGCAAACGUAGGAAUUGGCAAGGGUUCUGAUACAUGACUUUUAUUAUUACACAAGGCAUUCUAGUCUCCAAUGAAAAAACAGUAAAGUCUAAAGAUAACACUUAUUUAAUGUGAGUAAAAUUGGUUGAAAUAGGUAUAACCGGCUGUAUGCAUCUGUGUCAUCAAUAUCUUGUUCAUUUAUUGAGGAUUUUUUUCAAUAUUGUGUAUUUUUAGUGAUUUGUCGUUGGAUGUUGUAAAAAUUUAACCGAAAAUCCACCCUUUAUUUCUGAGUGUAUCAUCACUUUACAAAUAACCCAUGUUAAAAAAUACAUUUUUAGAAGUCAAUUAUUUUCUUGUGUAAGCAUAUUUCUCUUGCACUAACCUUUCACUCAGAACUAAAGGGUCAAAACACAAUUUGUGAAAAUUGUAAAUACAUCCGGUAAAAUAUAUCUUGACGACCCAAAUAUGCCUUAUAUGGAAAUCUGUGGCAAUAAGUUAGGAUGUUGUAUUGACUGGGUCAGUACGUUAAUUUUACGAAAUUGAUAAUCAUAAGCUGAAUCGAGCCUAUGAGGUAUUCAGUUUUCAAAUUGGCGACCUGUCAUUUGGAAGCUAUUCUCCGUGUGCAGUGAUAUGCUAGAGGCCCACAGUGAUCAAUCGAUCAAUUGUGCCAGAGUGGGGAAGAGAUAGCCAAUCACAAUAGACCCACAUGAUCGUUUAUCACUGAUGAAAUUUAGGGGUGGAAGUGGAACUAGUACAUUCCUUCCCUCUAAAGUUGCUUGAGGAAAGAUUAAGACAUGUCAAUUGUGGCCAGUUGCCGGUAUAUUCAUUCCACAUCCGGAAGUCUUUGAUGACAUCCCGAUGAAUUCAUAUAUGGUAGAUUUGGGUACCUUAUACCUCCAUUCUGACGCACAGUCCAGAAAUAUACGCAUAAUUCUCUUAUCUGUAUAACUUGCGUUAUAUCUAUUGUAAAUCCGUCUUGCACAAUGUUCAAACUGGUAGUUUCUGUUUCCUAUAGUUGCUCAUGUCUGUUGAUAAAAUAUUAUGAAGUUGAGAAGAAUAAAUAUUUUCCCCAGAGUCACUUAAA